AUGGAAGAACAAAUAGCUACAACAAAAAAUACAAAAAAUACAGAUAAUAUAAUUAUUAAUGAUGCUCAAACUUCUGCUCUUUCUCCAUCCACUUCCAUGAUUGAUAACAUAUUGAAACGAAGUUCUAUAUCAACAAUAGCUGGCGAAGUUGAGGAUGGAAACCAUAAAAAAUCAAUAAAAAGUAAUGACGACAAAUGCAAUCAUGAUAACAAUAACAACAAUAAUGAUCAUUCAUCAUCAGAUGUUGAACCUUCACAACAAACUUUUCCUUUCACCCCUCACCUACUUUAUCAUUUAUUUGAUCCAAAAAACUUGAGGUUACUAAAAAUUUUUGGUGGAACUGAUGGUAUAAUAAAAGGUUUACACACAAAUAUUGAAACUGGUCUAAGUAAUGAUGAAAUAGCUCCUCUAGACCCUAUACCACUAGAUACAAUAUCAGAAAUCACAAAUAAUGAUGACGCUGAAUACUUGGAGAGAUUUAAAUCUGAAAAGUCUACUGCCACUCCUAUAAUAAUAACUGGUCAACAACCCACUCAUUUUUAUCAAAGAAAAAUGGCUUUUGGUACUAAUGUCUUGCCCCCCAAAAAAACAAAAUCUAUAUUUAUGUUAAUGUGGAUGGCCAUGCAAGAAAAAAUUUUGGUCCUGUUGGCUAUUGCUGCAAUCAUUUCAUUAGGUCUUGGUUUAUACGAGGAUCUCCGUCCAAAUGCUGAUCCAGAUAUGCCAAAAGUAAGUUGGGUGGAGGGUGUUGCUAUAAUUGUUGCUAUCAUGAUAGUUGUCUUGGUCGGAAGUAUAAAUGAUUGGCAGAAAGAACGUCAAUUCCAGAAAUUAAAUGCUAAAAAAGAAGAUCGUUGUGUAAUAGCUACAAGAAAUGGCAAAGAAUUCAUAUUGUCUGUUCAUGAUAUUUUAGUUGGCGAUAUACUACAUUUAGAGCCUGGAGAUAUAGUAGCUGCUGAUGGUAUACUGGUAUUAGGUCAUAAUCUUCAAUGUGAUGAGUCUGCUGCAACAGGUGAAAGUGAUGCUGUAAAAAAAAUUAAAUAUGAAGAUAUAAGGAAUAUCAGUGAACAAUUAUCAUCUGAAUCAACAAGCAAACAGCCUCAUCAAAAUAUAGCUCACAUAAAAGCUGAUCCUUUUAUAAUCAGUGGGAGCAAGGUUAUAGAGGGUGUAGGGUCUUAUGUUGUCACUUGUGUUGGUACGAAUUCUUACCAUGGUCGUACAAUCAUGUCCCUUAGAUCAGAACCAGAAGAUACCCCACUUCAAAUCAAGUUAAAUGAUCUUGCUGAAAAAAUCGCAAAACUUGGUGGUGCUUCUGCGUUACUUAUGCUCAUGGUUUUAUUAAUGGAAUAUUUUGUUAAAUUUCGUAAUGGAGUUCCUGGCUCUGCUUGUGAAAUUUUAGAAACUUUAAUUAGAAUCUUUAUAUCUACUGUGAUUGUGGUAGUGGUUGCCAUACCAGAAGCUGCUUGUGAAACAAUGGGCAAUGCUACCAUUAUAUGCUCAAAUAAAACUGGAACAUUAACUCAAAACAAAAUGACUGUAGUUGCUGGAACAAUUGGUUUAUCAAAGUCUUUUGUAAGGAAUGUUGAAGCUAAUGCUGUCAUACUUGGAAAUGACCCUUCUCAAAACAAUCUACCAAUGAUACUACAAAAUCCCAUUCCUUUAAAAAGUUUGGUAAAAGAAUUACCCACUGAAUCACUUAAAUUAUUAGAAGAAUCAAUAGCUAUAAAUUCGACAGCAUUUGAAGGUGAAACGUUGGGGGAUGGUAAAAUAAAUUUUGUUGGUUCGAAAAUUGAUGCUGCUUUAUUGAGUUUUCUUUAUGAUUUAAAUCUGGAAAACUAUAAAUCAUUAAGAGAGUCUUCUAAAAUUCAACAGAUUUACCCAUUUGGUUCUGAGCGUGCCAGUGAAGUUUUGCUUAAAAACGCAACAAAAACAAUUAAACUAACCAAUAAAUUAGCAUUUGAUAGUGAUGCUUAUGUGGUUGAUUUAGUAUAUGGGGAUAAUGAAAUGCUUCAUAAAAUAAUAGAUCAUUAUGCCACCCAAAGUUUAACAACUAUUGCUCUAGCUUAUCGUGAUUUUGAUGAAUGGCCACCAAAAAACAUGGCUGCUGAUGAUGGGUGUGAAGUUAAAUUUGAAAAUUUGACAGAAAAUAUAACAUUGAUAGGCAUAAUGGGCAUUGAGGAUCCAUUAAGAUCUGGUGCAAGAGAAGCUGUCUUGGAUUGUAAAAAGGCAGGUGUGAGAGUUUGUAUGGUGACUGGUGACAAUCUUCUAACAGCAAAAUCUAUUGCAUCUCAAUGUGGUAUAUAUAUUGAUGGCAAAGUUAUGGAGGGCCCAAUGUUUCGUAAUCUUUCAUCUGAAGAAAUGCACAAUGUUGUACCAAAAUUACAGAUUCUUGCAAGGUCUAGUCCUGAAGAUAAAAAAGUUUUGGUUGAUUUUUUAAGAGAAACGGGUGAAGUUGUUGCUGUUACUGGUGGUGGUGUAAAUGACGGGCCUGCUCUUAAAACAGCCAAUGUUGGUUUCUCAAUGGGUAUUGCUGGUACUGAGGUAGCAAAGGAAGCAUCUUCAAUUAUUUUAAUGGAUGAUAAAUUUGCAAGUAUAGUUAAAGCCAUUAUGUGGGGAAGAUGUGUAAAUGAUUCUGUGAAAAAGUUUUUACAAUUUCAAUUAACAGUCAAUGUCACAGCAGUAGUCUUGAUGUUUAUAUCUGCUGUGUCAAGCAGUGAUCAAAAGUCUGUUCUUACUGCUGUACAACUAUUAUGGGUUAAUCUUAUCAUGGAUACUCUUGCCACAUUUGCACUUGCUACUGAUUCACCAAUACCUGAACUAUUAAAUCGUAACCCUGAACCCAAAACUGCAUCUCUUAUAACUUUUGAUGCGUGGAAAAUGAUACUCAGUCAAAGUCUUUUUCAAUUGGUGAUAACAUUGGUUUUACUCUAUGCUGGUGAUGGUAUCUUAAAUUAUGAUUCACUUGAUGAUAGAGAAAUAGCUAAAUUGAGAUUGGGAACUGUUAUAUUUAAUACUUUUGUUUUCUUACAAGUUUUUAAUGGAAUCAAUUGUCAUUGUUUAAAUUAUAAAUUGAAUAUAUUCAAAAAUGCAACAGCAAAUAAAAUUUUAAUGAUCAUAUUUUUUGUGAUGGUUGCUGGACAAAUACUUGUAAUUGAAUUUGGUAGUGUAGCAUUUCACACUACCCAUCUUAACAUAUUCGAGUGGUUAUUGUGUGUAAUAGCUGGAUUUGUGUCAAUACCAUUUGGAAUUAUAAUUCAAUUAAUACCUAAUGAAUUUUUCAUAUGUUAUACCAAAUCUGACAACACAAUGUCAGAUACAUCAAUCAAUAGGGAUUCACCACCAUAUUCAGUUAUGAUACCAGAACAGAAAUGUUACAAAGCAAUUCUUAAAGCACAAAAUCAAUUGGGAGUUUUUAAGAUAUUUCGUGGUGGCAGAUUUGGAGCUUUUGAAACAAGAUCAAAUACUUUUACAGCAGCUGCAAUGGUUCCAACCUUGACAUCUGCAUCAGUUGGAGCAGGAUUGGUACCAACACAAUAUAUUGAUGGGAAUAAUCCAAGUGCCACUCAAUUAGAUUUAUCUACUAUCAAAUCAAUAUCAAGGAAUCAAAUUUUUCAAGGUGGAUCGCCUAAUAGUAAUAAUAGUGCAUUUCGAUAA